UUCUAGUAAAUGCAUUGACGAGCUGGUAGAAGAGCUUAAUUUCAUUUGCACAGCUUCUGCUCCCGUUAUCCAACAAGUUGUUCAUAGAAGUUUAGAGAAGUACAGCUGUGCUGUUGAGGAGGAUGUAGUUACUGAAUUGGUGGAAGAACUGUGCAAGUCGCACCCUUUAAGCAGUGCACUAGGAGUAAAUGGGCCCUUUGGUUCUUCAUUUAAGAGAAAAAAAUAUUUAAAGGAACACUUUGAUAUUGUAGAGCCUGUGGAAUACAUUCUCAACUCACACGAAAAGCUAAGCUUUCAAUAUGUGCCCCUUCUUCAGACAUUACAGCAUAUAUUGGCCAAAAAAGAUUUAGCAGAUGCUGUUUUGAAAAUACUGCCCUGCACAUCCACUCAGUAUGAAUCAUAUCAGAAUGGCACACAUUUCAAGAACAAUGAAUUUUUCUCUGAAGAACCACGAAUUUCUUUAAUUCUUUAUAUUGACGAUUUUGAAGUUUGCAACCCGUUAGGGACGUCACGAAAGAAACAUAAGAUUACGGGAGUGUACUGGGCACUUGCAAAUGCACCACCUGAAGUGCGCUCCACACUAACUGCGAUACAUUUAAGCAUUCUCUGCAAAGCCGUGGAUGUUAAAAGAUUUGGUUAUGAAGCUAUUUUAGAGCCACUUCUGAAAUAACUUUCUGUCUUAGAACAGGAAGGAGUUUUUGUGCCCAGUGCUGGAAAAAACAUUAAAGGAACCGUAUAUUGUGUUGCAGCUGACAAUCUCGCUGCGCAUUCUCUUGGUGGACUUGUCGAAAGUUUUACUGGUCCUUACAUUUGCAGGUUCUGCCUGGGACCACAUUCUGAAUACUGUCAAAAGCAGGGACGAGAAUUUCAAAAGAGAACAAAAGAAGACCAUGAAUUGCAUGUCAAGACUAUAAAAGAAAAUCCCACAUUACUACAUUGUUAUGGUGUCAAGACAGCUUGUCCAUUGACAGAAAAGCUGAAUCACUUUCAUUUUGUUACAGGAUAUCCUCCUGACUUACUCCAUGACCUUUUUGAAGGCAUAGUUCCUUCAGAAUUAGCACGUUGCCUUUCUGUUUUCAUUAACAAUAGGUAUCUGACACUGUCAGAGCUAAAUGACCUGAUAAAGAAAUUUCCCUUCAAGUUUUCAGAUGUUGUCGACUGUCCCCAACCCAUCCCAGAAAAUUUUGCAAGUCGUUGUAGCAUAGGAGGAAACGCUCAUGAGAAUUGGGCACUCAUAAGGUCAUUCCCACUGCUUAUUGGAUCAAGGAUUCCCUGUGAUGACCCAGCAUGGCAAAUACUUAUGACAUUGAAAGACAUUGUAGAGCUCACAUUGGCUCCUAUCCACACGUGUGAAAGUCUAGCUUAUCUUGAUUUCAAAAUUUCAGAGCACCGUCAGAGAUUGCAAGAAGUUUUCCCUAACCUGAAACUGACACCAAAACACCACUAUCUGGAGCACUACCCUGCUCUGAUAGAAGCCUUUGGUCCUCUAGUUAAUGUAUGGACUAUGCGCUUCGAGGCCAAACAUAGGUUCUUUAAACGAGUAGUCAGGUUCACAGGUAACUUCAAGAAUGUUUUGUUGUCACUUUCAACAAAGCAUCAGAUGAUGAUGGCCUACCAUUGGCAGAGAAAUACCAGUAUGUCUGCCCUAAGUGUCAGCAAAGUGUCAUCCGUGCCUCUGGAAGUUCUAGAUGGUAGAAUCCAAGAGUCAGUUAAGGAACUGUUCCCUCAACUAACCAGCAUACAGUUGUCAAAUGCUGUAACUUACUAUGGGACACGGUAUUCUGCUGGAAUGAUCAUGCCAUAUGGUUCCACUGGAGGACUCCCUGAUUUUGUAGAGAUUUUACAGACAGUGAUUUUGGAAACCAAUCUCUACUUCAUUGUGAAGAAACUCAGUGCCUGGUACCUGGAGCAUUUUAGGUCUUUUCUGUUAGAAAGCAGUGGGGAAUUGAUUCUUGUUCAUCACCAUAGCCUUCAAGAUCACUAUCCACUGGCAUCUUAUACUGUGGAGGGAAAGCGCAUGGUUACACUGAAAAGACACAUUUGUUGCAGUUUAGCAUAAUAGUAACCAAUCAUGGAUUCAGCAGCCCUCAGGGUAAUCUUUGACCACAGGAUAGAGAAGAUAACAUUGCCAUCUGGAAUACCAGAGUCCUUGGAGGAGUUGCACUCAGCUGUCAAGCAGGCUUUAAAUAUUACAGAUGAUAUCAGUCUUCAGUAUAUGGAUUCAGAUUUUGAGGAUUUUUUUACUCUUCACUCCACAACUCAAAUUCAGCACAAAUCCACCAUAAAGGUUGUGACUGUCGCACCAGUAGUUCUUACUUUGUUUUCACCCAACGAAAGCAGUGAUAUCACAGAGCAGUGCCUUGAUACGACCACCUCCACGUGUACUACCAUACAGGACUUCUCUGACACAACAGACUCCUCUGCAAGCACGGUCAUCCUGUCACCAAGCAGCAGCCCAGAAAGGAAGCCCUGGCCAAAAGAAUUCAUCAUUCCACAGUUCUCUGUUGAGACUGAAAUGGUUCUUGAAAGAGCCAAUGAAAUUUACAGAAAAGAUGGGACAGUGCUAACUACCCCAAAUGUCAAGUCAGACAUACUUGAAAAGCUAGCUCAGGCCAUUUUCACGUACACUGCAUAUCCGUCCUCCCUUCAGAUUAUUUCCGCAGCUGAAGCCCUUAUAAAGGCACACCCAUGUCUGACAGAUCAAGGGAGCUUUUCAGGCCUUUAUGCAUGGCAGAUGAGCAUUAAAUACAAAAUGGCUAACUACCGUACAAAACUCAGAGGUUUUGGCAUUCCUGAGGUCACAUGCAAUGCUCUAAAACACAAACACCCAGAUGACAGAAAGUCUGCAAAAAAUGUUAAAAAGCCAAGAAGAGCUGAAGUCAACUACCUCCCUUCUUACCCAGUGGGUGAAGAUGAGAAGACUUUGGAAAAAGAGAGAGAAGAGCUGGUCUCAGAAUUAAAAAAAAAGAACAAUGAAAAGAUUAUAAAGGAAAAGAUGAACAAAACAUUUGCACACAGACGAGUGUGGUGUUAAAGGAACCGUAUAUUGUGUUGCAGCUGACAAUCUCGCUGCGCAUUCUCUUGGUGGACUUGUCGAAAGUUUUACUGGUCCUUACAUUUGCAGGUUCUGCCUGGGACCACAUUCUGAAUACUGUCAAAAGCAGGGACGAGAAUUUCAAAAGAGAACAAAAGAAGACCAUGAAUUGCAUGUCAAGACUAUAAAAGAAAAUCCCACAUUACUACAUUGUUAUGGUGUCAAGACAGCUUGUCCAUUGACAGAAAAGCUGAA